AUGUACAACGGGAUUGGUUUGGCGACACCCAGAGGCAGCGGGACGAAUGGAUACGUUCAGAAAAAUCUGGCGUUCGUCACGAGCUUCAAAGACAAGAUAAACUAUAAAACAGAUGAUGACAUUAAACGGUCGGACGCCAUUACUUUUAAAGAACCAAACAAGGAUAUUUUACUUCAUGAAAAAAAGCGAAAGAUCGAAGUUAAGUGUUUUGAGCUUCAAACUUUGAUGGAAGAACAAGGAUACACCGAGGAAGAAAUCAACGUAAAGGUCACAGCGCUUCGGAAGCAGCUUUUGUCAAAGAUUGAUGAUGAGGAUGUUGCUCCUAAGCGCUUCAUUGACGCAAUCCACCCCAAAAAUGAACACAAUCCUGAGCUACCUCGACUAAUUCCAAAGGGCACUCAUGAAAUCGCGGCAGUCAGUAUACUGAAAAAUUCGGUAUUCAAGGAUGCGUUAGGUAUUAGCGAGGAUUACGAAGAUGGUAGUUCAAUGAAAAUGGCUGCUCUUCGACGAAAGCAGGCGGAAGAAUCUCGAGCGCUAUUUGAGGCUCAAAAAAGAUUGCAGUGA